ACAGAUUUACACGAGACCCUGCCGAAAAGUUUACAGGGUGGACGAAGCGAAGCCGUAGCGUCCUUUUAUGAAGAACCAAACAGAGCCUCGUGAGGAUUUCUUAAAUCAUACUAGCGUCAAAAUAUUGCAGCCUUCCUCGAAACUUUUGAUAUCCAGUUCACCUCAAAACUUCAACGACGACCACCUCCUGUCUCGGCAGACUCAGAACUCAAUACCAUCAAAGACAACAUACAAGAAACCUGGGAUAUCACAGCCAUGGCUUCCACCGACGAGGAUCGCAUGCGCAAGCAGCGCGAAGCUGGCGAAAGAGAAUCUGCCAAACUCUGGCGCGCAUGUCGAACCGUCCAUGAGAUGGUUCGAGAUCGAGGCUACCAACUGUCUGACGCGGAAGUCACCAUGAGCUUUGACGCUUUCAAGCAAAAGUACACGACGGAUGAUGGCAGCAUCAGUCGCAAGAUGAUGAACUUCUCCGCCAGUCCAACCCUCGAGAUGAUCAAGCGCUAUUCCAAUCCUGUCACCGCACACGAUCUACAUCCUUCGAGCCCCGAUAUUGGCACCAUCUGGGUCGAGUUCUUGCCAGACUCCAAUGUUGGUAUCAAGCAAAUGCGCGCCUUCGCCCAGCAUCUUACUGCUAACAACUUCCACACCGGCAUCCUGAUCACCGGCGUCAACAUCACCCCUGCUGCGCUGAAGAUUAUUCCUGCUGUGGCUUCGGAGACGAGAAUUGAGUGCUUUAUGGAGGCGGAUCUGUUAGUCAACAUCACGCAUCACGAGCUGGUCCCCCAACAUGUUUUGUUGAGCAAGGAGGAGAGAACUGCGCUUCUGCAAAGAUACAGAUUGAAGGAUACACAGCUGCCAAGAAUCCAAUUGGGAGACCCAGUUGCACGGUACCUUGGGUUGAGACGAGGUCAAGUGGUCAAGAUCAUUCGAAAGUCUGAAACGGCAGGACGAUAUGCUAGUUAUAGACUUUGCGUCUAGAGUGCUCCGAGAGGCUUGAUAUACCAUUGGCGUUCUGGGAGUUAUUGAUCGUUGGAGACUGGGAAAGUCAAAAGCAUUGCUGAGGGCGUCUGGAGGAAGAAUGAUAUAGCGGAUACCUCGCUUGUACCAAGAGAUUUCAUACAAUCAAGAUUAUGAAGCACGAGAC